AUGUAUAGAGAACAGCAAGAAAACGAGGAAGAAAAUGUUAAAGAGGUGAAAACUAUACGAAGUGACCCGUACAGUGACGCUGCCUUCGUGGAAUAUAACGGUGACCAAGGUAGUGUUGGAGGUCCAGGCUACAAGUUCGGAGAUGAUUACCUUUCAACCCACUCGGCCGGCAAGUGUAGUGAAUCUUGUGCUUCCGUGAUGUCCGGGUGGCGUACCGUGGUCACUUACCACACCUGCGGCAUCCAUGAUACACCUAGAUCCACAAGAUUCUCCGACCAUACCUGUCCAUGUGUCUCGCCUCCCGACUCUACCUUGGUGGUUGCCAUCUUCACAACCAGAGAACUUACUCGCCGGAGAUCCAGAAAGCCAUUGAAGGCGUCCAGUUCAUCGCUCAACACAUUAAGGACGCGGACAGGGACAACGAGGUGAUACAGGACUGGAAGUUCGUGGCGAUGGUGCUGGAUCGUCUCUUUCUUUGGGUAUUUACCAUCGCGUGCGUGGUAGGCAUGUGUGGGAUAAUCUUCCAGGCUCCUUCACUCUACGACACUCGUCAGCCCAUUGAUGAGAUCUACUCAGAGAUCGGGACAGCUACUUACUUCGCUUCUUCACAUCACUAGAAAGAAGUCUGAAACACUGCAAUUAGCUGUGUGUGUGUGUAUGUUUGUGUGUGUAUGUCUGUGUGUGCAUGUGUGUGCAUGUGUGUGUGUGUGUGUGUGUGUGUGUGUAUGUGUGUGUGUAUGUGUGAGUGUGCGUGCGUGCGUGCUUAAAGGUAAAAACAAUCGCUCACUCAUCCAAGACGGCUUUGCCUCAGUAAGCCUUCUCGCAUAGUUGAAACAAUAACAUAUACAUGUUAUAUGAUCCCUCACGAGAUUAUACAUAUUGUAUGACCUAUCCUGAAAGGCUGUUAUCCACCCCUUCAUGUUCCAGGGUUGUGUGAUUAUAUCUGUUACCAAGUAAUUCACAUGUUAUACAAUACUUGUUAUGGGCUUUGUUCACAUGGUUAUUGAUUAAGCUCAAAGGGUGUCAGCGACUGCAGUAGGAUCGUCGACCAACUCUCACCCAGGAUGUAAACAGAUGACAGACUUCUCAAGCAAGCUUUAGUCUGAGGUGACCCGUCGACAGUGAAGAUAUCCUCUGCCGUGUCUUCUUGUUGUUAUCCAUAACCGUAAUGUUAAGGGAGUGUAUAGGGCGUUUUAUAAGCAAACGAUCUGUACAUAUACAAACGAGUUUAACAAAAGUAGAGGUAAUGUUUGUUGAAAGAUUGUAUUAAAUAUCAACCACUUCUUUCUUGAGGUUCAUAGUCAAUGGUUUUUUUUAUGCCAUUAGUAGAUGUGGUUUUAAAACACAUUAUCGUCUCAGUUAAAUCUUCAGUGUUUCCGAAAUCGAUAUAAAAUUUGUACAAUUUUUUUACAGCUAUUUACGAGUUAGCUUUAUAGUCUUAGCAAGUAGGUCUCUUCAGAUCCCACACAUUUUUGUUAGUAUACGGCUGAUGGUUUUGAUGCUAGUGCACCAAAAUCAAGGGUCACCUGAAACCCAUGGCUGGACGUCAUAAACGAAACACCAAAAGCUAUGCUAC